CGCUCGUCCUCUCCGUCGUCCUCUCUCUCUCUCUCUCUCUCAACCCUAGAUUAAUAAAUAUCCCCAUUUUUACCAAAUCCAGCGCUCUAGGGUUCUAUUCCGCUAGGGUAUCUUCCCCAGAUUCGACCGCAUCCAAACCCUAUGGAGUCCGAUUCAUGGAGCCGAUUCUCCGCUGCAUCGAGGCGCCAUCAAUCGACUCUUCAAUCUCGAUUCGAUCUGUACCUAGGGUUUGAUGACGUCGAAGGAGGGGAGGACGAUUUCCGCGCGGAGUUCGGGUGCCCCUUCUGUGCUGAGGAUUUUGAUAUUGUUGGGUUAUGCUGUCAUAUUGAUGAGGAGCAUCCUGUUGAAGCUAAAAAUGGGGUAUGUCCUGUUUGUGCAGCGAGGGUUGGGAUGGACAUGGUUGGUCACAUAACCACACAGCAUGGGAAUUUCUUUAAGAUGCAACGUAGAAGGAGAUUCCGUAGAGGUUCAUCUGCGUCACAGUCUACACUUUCUCUGUUGAGAAAGGAACUGCGUGAAGGAAAUCUACAAUCUCUUUUUGGAGGUUCGUCCUAUUUGUCUCCUCCAUCUAGUGCAGCACCAGAUCCAUUGUUGUCAUCAUUUAUUACCAACCUACCAGUAGCUGAUCCACCAAGAGAGUCUCAGACCUUAGACGAUAGAAACAUGGAUAGUGAGGCUUCAGAGGACAAACCGAUCGAAAGCAACCAGCCCAUCCUUUCUGACAAGGACCAGGAGGAGAGAGCUCGAAGGAGCAAGUUUGCUCAGGGGCUUGUGCUGUCAACAAUAUUCGAUGAUAUCUUGUGAACGACGAUGAUCAUGAUGGUUAGCAGCGGCAAUAAGGCGAGCAAUCAGAUGAUAAGCCGAUAAAAUGGUGAGCAUAAUGCCUAAAUUGCUGCUGUCACGGCUCAGGGCGAGUUCUUGCUGGGUUUAAGGGGGAUACUCAUAAAAUGGUAUAUAUAUGUAAUAACUUUAUAUGGAUCAUUCCGAGAGAGAUGGGGAGAGAUGUGAGGAAUGUAAUAUAAUUUAUAUAAUGCUAGUAUCUAAGUAUAAGUAAAAGACUUCAAUAUCCUUGGGCAUCUCUGGAUGUCCUUCUCUACUAAAAUGUGUAAUUAUGUUAUUGUUUCUUAUGUAUCAUUUAUAUCUGAUGUUCCGAGGCAGGAGACUACUUA